GUCUGCCUGCUCGGAGGUAUCCAAGGAUGCAAGAGGAAACUGCGCUUCAUCCAAUCCUGGCAGCCCGCAGCUGAUUGGAUGUCAGCGGUGAUGGUUCGGACUCAUAUUGGCUGAUGGGACCUGCAACCUGUCUGCCCACACUGACCUGAUCAUUUAACCUUUAAUGUCUGCUGAUGAGGAGGAGAGGUAGAGGAAGUGUGCAGAUACUCUUUUAUUCUAAUUAACAGUGCCACAGUAUGAAAUUGCUCCAUACAAGUAAAAGUUAUUUAUUAAACAUGUUUAUUUAAGUAAAAGUACAAACGUAUCAGUUCUCAAAAGUGUAAAAAGUAUUAGUUUGUUUCAGAGGAUUACCACCGGGUGAAAUUGGACAUCUACUCAUGGGUCCAGAAAGCCUUUCACAGGUUCACUGUGUGUCAACAGCUGUCAGUUCAGUAUCUUGGCCACCAGGUAGCGACAGGCGCUGGCAGACAGCCGGCAGCUGUCCAUGGUGCUGAAUAUGUAACGUUUACUGAGGUAGGAUAUGGUAAGUAGCCUAACUUAUAUAUUUCAGUGAUUUCUACUUUCACUAUUUAAAUAAAUCCCUUUUCUGCCACUUUAUACUUCUACUCCACUACAUUUCAGAAGGCUAUAUUGUACUUUUAACUCCACUACAUUUAUCUGACAACUGUAGUUACUUUUGCAGAUUGACAAUUUAUAUAAAAUAAAUACAUACACAUAUAACAUAUUGUUAAAGAUUAAAGAAGAUUGUGACUUUUUACAAAAUAAAAGUGUCCUCUUUCCACACUUCAGAUGUCUACAAUUUGUUACCAGUUCCCCCUAAAAGAAAUUUCCCCUCUAAACUUCUCUCAUUAAACAACAGUUCAAGGCACAGAGGUCAAAUUAUUCAUUAUUUAAUAAAAAAAAAGCAAGUAUAAUUCAAAUCUAUGUAAUAAAAUGUAUUUUUCUUCUCUCCUAUUAAUCAUCUCACAAAUUUAUUUUGCUACCCUUUGGAGGGGCCCUACCCCUAGUCAGUAUUAACAAUCUAAUAAUGUCAUAUAUGAUCAUAUAUCAGACACAGGGGACACUUCUCUUCAGAAUAAGUACUUUUACUUUGGCUGAUAAUACUUCUGCAACUGUCCACUAGGCCUUUCAUUAGUGGUGACCAAGUUAUUUUCUGAUCUGAUUCUCAAAACUCAAAUCUUAUCUAUUCUUUAAGGCUUUUUAUUGAUUUGUUCUUAUCCUGUAAUAGUUUUUGGUUGUCUUUGAUUCAGUUAUUUAUUUAAAUACUUUUGUUAUCUUUUUGGUAACUUAAAUAAUAUUACUUGCUGUUCGCAGUGAGGACUAAACACAGUGAAGGAUAUUAAACAAUAAUCUUACACCGGAAAACUACCUCAGCACAAUUUUGAGGUACUACUAUUUCACUUGAUUUUUGUUCUGUAAGACUUUCUAAAACACCCAAUAAUCUCAUAGAAUAUAACACGAUGCAUUGAUCAAUUUCUAAAUCACCAAACACCUGAAAUAUUCAGAUUUAUCACAGGUAUCAGCCGCGUUCAUUACAGCUUUAUCACUCUUGGUGCCAUUUCCAAGAUAAUUCAAGUGGUUAUCUGAGUCGAGACUGUGUGAGAAAAGCUUUGAAUCACAUUUUAAUUAGAAAUUUUUAAAGAAAGAGAUAAAAAGAAGAUGAAUGCCACAGAGAUAUGAAUGUGGAAGCAAAGGGCAUCUUUCUAAACUAAUUCAAAUUUUCUUCAGAAGGUAAAAUGAAGCAAAAUCAGUGCAAAUUGAAGGAAGACUUUUCUGUGGGUUUAUUCUGAAAUAGAGAAGACACAAAGGCUGAAAGUAAUAGAGAGCGAGAUGGUGACGAGGUCACAUCAAGGGAGAAGACAAGUGGAUGCAAUUGCACUCAGAGCUCUGAAAAACAUAAUUUGGUUCAGUGUGGUCCAUCUAGUUAUUACAUGAAAUAGCAGGCAGUGGAAUCAGUGUCAGUUUUUGUGUUGUGUAUUUCUGUUUGUGAGUUCAGAGAAAAGUGGUUCGAGUCCAAGCAGGCGUUUUACUUUGAUGACCGUCUCUCUCUCAGUCUCGUACAAAUAGCAGGAAACAAAUUAUACGUUUGAGAAUUACCAAAACUCUGCAGCCAUUUUGUUCUUUGAAAACAAAUUAGGCAAUUCUGACUAAAGUUCUCAAAUGUGGGUCUGGAAAAUUAAAAUUGUUCAAGUCACGCUCAAAGAAAGAUAUUUCCAUCGGUCUUAUCUGCUGCCCUGAUACAACGAAAUUCAAUUUGCAUUUUUAUUAGAAAAUAAUUUUUGUCCAACUGGCACCAUCUGAUGAACCAGUGAAUAACGCUGCUAUACGUCUCCAGGAUGAGACGUGGACUAAAAGCAUUUUGGACAUGAACAAACACAAAGGUCUGACCUUCACCUCCAUACCUCAUCUUCAGUUACUGAUCCUUUAUGAUCAGAUGUUACUGUGUAUGUUAGCUGGCUCCGGGCUUUGAGUGGAUGGCCACUGUUGUUACACUGAGUGCAUUUCAUUGCUGUUAUACAGGAAAUAGAGACAUUUCUUUAUGAGGAGGUCCAUGCAGCUGAACUGAGAACCUGAGUGUCAGGAUCAGUGUCAUUUCACAAGAUCUCAGCUGAAAUAUGACCACAUUCGAACUCAGUAUGGAAAAAUUAUUCCAACUUGCAGUCAAAACUGAGCAGAUCUGAAGCCAAGACCAGUGGCGGACUGAGGCUGUCUGAGGGGCCGGGGCAAUAAAAAGGGCACCAGCUGCAUGUGGAGGGGCAUCAGUGGGGAGAGAGCUGUGGUGCAUUUAUUGUGGAAAAACCCCACUGGGCCACCGUAGAGGGCAGUUUAUCAUGUUUUAUCUACCAGAGACAUCCAAGAGGGCACAUUUGUUUCUGCCAACUUGUUACUCCAGUACUCCUCAUCUCAAUUCCCGGUUCCUACAUUUAUAUAUCAGUGUGUAGAACACUGUACUGGUACACGUGGUAACAUUGUGUGCAUGUCUCACAAUAAACUCUGAAUUACAUUAAAUGCACUGAGGAGAGUUUAAAAGUUUCCCUCUGAAUGAGGAACAACAUUUUAACAACCGUAAAGUUACUUUAUAGGAGGGAAUUAAAGUGGGAAUAUAUUCCCUGUGGACAUUUUCACACCCUCAUCUUGACAGCGUGUAAUCUGCAGCGCGUGAAAUGACGCGCGCAACAGCACGAGAGCAUAAAUGCAGGCGCCGGGAGAGCUCAGACUCUCGUGCAAGCUCUGUCCUCUCGCUGCAGGCUGCAAUGUCUCUGGAGGAUGCAUUUGUCUUGAACUCAGAGGACAGCAGGGCUUUGAAUGUUUCCAGAGGGUUUUGGGACUCGGGAGAGCAGCACCAGUACUUCAUCUGGCUCCCGGGUAUCGGGAUCGCUGCUGUCUACGGGAUCAUCAUCGUCGUGGGUCUAGUGGGGAAUGUCACUUUGAUGAAGACGUGUCUGUCGGUGAAGUCCAUGCGGACGGUGCCCAACCUGUUCCUGUCCAGUCUGGCUCUGGGGGACUUGCUGCUGCUGGUCACCUGCGCCCCGGUGGACGCCAGCCGCUACCUGGUGGACGAGUGGCUCUUCGGCCGCGUCGGAUGCAAACUGAUCCCGUUCAUCCAGCUCACCUCGGUGGGGGUCUCCGUGUUCACCCUCACCGCGCUCUCCGCUGACCGGUACAAAGCUAUAGUCAAACCGCUGGACAUCCACAGGUCCAGCGCAAGACUCAGCGUCUGCUUCCGAGCGGGGUCCAUCUGGCUGCUCUCUGUGACUCUGGCGAUUCCUGAGGCCGUCUUCUCGGACCUGCACACCUUCACCACCAGCCACACCAAUGAGACAUUUGUGACCUGUGCCCCUUACCCACACGCCGGGGAGCUGCACCCAAAAAUCCACUCCACAGCCUCCUUCCUAAUCUUUUACAUCAUCCCGCUCUUCAUCAUAUCUGUCUACUACUGCUUCAUCGCUCACAGUCUGGUUAGGAGCUCUGUGGAUAUCCCUGCUGAAGGACACCUGCACCUCCAGAGACAGAUCAAGUCCAGAGAGCGUCUGGCCAAAACUGUGCUGGUGUUUGUUGGCCUGUUUGCUGUCUGCUGGCUGCCCAGUCACGUGAUCUACCUGUACCGCUCCUACCACUACAACCAGGUGGACACCUCAUUGGGCCACUUCAUCGCCAGCGUGUGUGCUCGUAUUUUGGCCUUCACCAACUCUUGUGUGAACCCGUUUGCCCUCUACCUGAUGAGCAAAAGCUUCCGCAAGCACUUCAAAAAACAGCUCCUGUGCUGCACGUCUCCCAGCCGGUUGUACAGUCAGAACAGUGCGAGUACGAAUAUAACCACCGUCUGAAAGCAGUCGUGUUUUCAGAAACUUCGUAACACCUGUGCUGCAACAGGACUGGAGUUAUGUUGAUCACCUUUGCUCACACGGAUACCAACAGACCAGACGGUUAAUUCAGAUCUUAGUAACUUCAGUGUGAUGAAUGGACACUGUUGCUAUCAUUUGUCCUUGUUGUCGAGCCAUCUCACUCUCUUUAUAACAAAAUAAUAAUAAUAGUGAGAGACAGAAGUAUCACUGUAGAUCACUAUAACAAACACUGGUACAAAACAUCUUUUCUCCUUGCUUGAGAUAAAUAUUUGAUGUCUUCCUAUUUCCUCCAUUUAUUAUUCCUUGAAUAAAUGUAAUAGAAGAAAAAAUAUUUAUAAGAAUUUAUUGUUUAACCCAAAGCUGUGUAGAUAAAGUGAAAGUAUGAUCACUUAUGGAUUCAAAUGAUAAGAAAAACAACACUGAUUUGAAUAACUGUCAUGAAAAGAUAAAGAUCAGCUGGUGGAGGUUUUCAUGAUGCCUUUAUUUAAAAAAAAAAGCAAAAUGUUGGCGAUAGAGCAAAAUGUUGCUCUGACAUUUGAGGGUUUAAAGGUCCAGUGUGAAACAUUCAGGAGGAGAACUGGAGUAUUAUACUCAGAGGUUUGUUCAUUGGAGUAUGAACAUGAAAAUAAGAAUAGUUGUACCAUUGUUGAACCGCCGUGUUUCUACAGUAGCCCAGAACGGACGAACCAAACAGAUAGCGCUUCUAGAUUGCGUUGAUUCGCGUGUAGUUUCUUUCACACGCUUGAGAGGCGAGAAAUAUUCAGUUGGUUGUAAUCUGCAACUUCACCACUAGAUGCUGCUAAAUCCUACACACUGGUUGUUUAAUGGUUUAAAAAAUAAAGUCAGCAUUGUAACUUCUGCUGUUUUAUUCCAGAAAGGUUUUAUUGGCAACAUCAGAAUGUUUGUCAAACGUUAAGUUUCUAUAAUUGUCAAAUGUCACAUAUUGUGUAUAUACAGAUGUUUUUUAUGUGUCAGUUAAUAGUGUGUUGGUUGGCUUUACUUCGUAUACAUGUCAGCAGUGUGUGUUUAAUAUAUAGGUAUACCAGUAACAGUUAUUUGGCUUAUGGUUUAAUCUAUUGGUUAUUUUUAUGAAUAAUCAAUUGUUCAGUCUAAAAGAGAAAUAUAAAAUGCCUUGUUUUGUCACACCAGCAGUCUAAAACUUUAAACUAUUCAAUUCACUGUGAUAUAAAACAGAUAAACGCAGCAAAUUCUGACAUUUUUAAAAAUCAGGAAAAUGUAAAUAGCUAACAGUGAACAUGUUAAACAUUAAACCUACCUGCAUCUGUGUGUUAGCAUUUUCACCUGGUUCAUGUACUGAAUGUGACCAUGUUAGCAUGCUGACAUUAGCAUUUAUCUCAAAGCACCAUUGUGCACACAAGCAUGGCUGUAAACUCUUAGUCAUGUUUCUUGAUUAAAGACUUGAAAGAUUAUUAAGAUAAUUGAUGGUUAAUUUUCUGAAUUGUUUAAGCUCGACUAAUAUAUUAGUAAUAGCAUUUAAACGUGACAGAUAGGAGUACAUACAUUUACAUAACUGCAAUGUAAAUUUGUUGUUGUUUUGUAUCGUCUUCACCAUGGUUACACAUUGACAAUAUCUGGAUGUUUAUAUACAGUUAUACAAUUUUAUAUGUACAGUCUGGACGUUGUUUCCAUGAGAAAGUUUUGUGACUGUGAAGCUGUUAAUGAUGUCAAUGAAUAAAAGAACAAAACUUUUAGAGAAAUUGAUUUGUAUCACAGAAGAGAGUCUGUCAGAUAAUAUCUGACA